CUGCCCUCCCCUCAGCCUCCAGCCAUAGGCCUCAUCCCAGACUCUGGUUAAACCGCCCUGACAGCCACCCCACGCCCGGCCCAAACCACAUCUUUGCAUCACUUUAGACACCAGGCGACAGGGAGGCGGCGGGGAGGCGGCAUCAUUCCUGGGGUAGGAUUGCGGAACUCUUAGGCAGGUGGGACGGUGGGGUGGGCCCCAGCAGCACAGAGGAGGGAGCUGGCUUCAGGCGCUCCCGCUUCCCCCGAGUCAUGGCUCUGGAGACCGCACUGCUCCUGCUGCUGGCCCUCGGCCUGGACCUGGCAGGUGCCCAGAAGGCUCUGGAAGAAGUGCCAGUACAGUGGGGCUUUGAUGCUCACAAGGUGGAGGGGCGCUGGUUCACCCUGCAGCUGGCAGCCAGCCGCGCAGAACUGGUCUCCCCAGCCGACCCCCUGAGGCUCGCCCUGCACUCCAUCCGGACCAGUGACCGUGGGGACGUGGACUUCGUGCUGUUCUGGAAGGGAGAAGGGGUGUGUCAAGAAAAAAGCAUCACUGUCCAUCCCACCCAGCUGCAAGGCCAGUACCAAGGCUCCUUUGAGGGGAGCAGCAUGCACGUCCGCUUCGUCAGCACCGACUACAGCAACCUCAUCCUUUACGUGCGCUUUGAGGAUGACGAGGUCACCAGCCUGUGGGUGCUGCUGGCGAGAAGAGUGCUGGAGGACCCCACAUGGCUGGGGAGAUACCUGGAGUUCGUGGAGAAAUUCCAGCUGCAGAGAGCCCCGGCCUUCAACAUAGACGGCCCCUGUGCCCCACCCAGAGCCUAGGUCAGGUGGCCCUGGAGUCUUCCUGCCUGGGCCCCUUAUCCCUCUGUUACCCUCAGCCUGCCCUCCACCCCUCCUUCACCUUGGCUUGUGGCCUGGACUGCCCAGGUGCCCCCAGGAAGCCCUUUUGCACCUCAGGGACCCAAGGAAGCUCCCCAGCCUGGAGCCCAACCCUGCCUCUCCCCUGCUGGGAAGUCCUCUUCCCUCUGUGGGUCUCCAGGUCCUACCAACCACCUGCCAACCAACAGCCAAGGGCCAGCAGCGUGCCCCAGCCUGGCCUGUGGGCUUGGAGCGCACUAAGGGUGGCGAGGAGGGGGCGCAUGGCCUCUGAACUCCUGCCCACAGAGCCCAGAUGCCUCCAAAACAUCCACAAUGAGUGGAGCCCUGGGGUCCCAGGCACCUCCGGUGCACCCCCCAAGGACUGCUGGGGUCACCCUCAAGUGUCCUUCAGAAACAUGACCCCACAGAGCCUGUUCUCAGACUCCAGCUCCCCUCCACUGUGACCCACCCCACCUGCGUCUGCUGGGGGCCCUCUAGCAAGGUGGCCUCCCUGCUCCGUGAGCAAAUGCCUGUGUCUCCACCGAGGUCCGAGAGCCCUGAGUGAGCCCAGCUCCAGACCCUACUCCCCAUAGGAGCCCGACAGGCAAACACAGACAGCUGUACCUGUGCGGCAGGUGAGACCGGCCCACGCCCGCUCCUCGGAGCCCAGGAUUCCAAAGGGCGGCACCUGCUUCUGCUCCCGGAGAGCCAGGGCCGCCCAUGGGCAGGGCAGGCUCUGAGGAAAUUGGGUCCAGGACACGAUACUUGUCGUCUGAAACUCCCAAGACAGGUAUGGCCAGCAGCCGUCCCAGAAAACACCUCCAGCAAGGCCUUCUCCCCCUUCCUUCUCCCCACAAUGGAAUGAAACCGAGAGCUGGUGCCGGAGCUGAUGGCGAAGCCCCGAGGUCCUCCUGCACACCAGCAAGCCCGGCUGGAAAAACGGAAGGAAAAAUGACCAUCGCAAAGCACACGGUGCACGUCUAACAGGGGGCUUACGGAAUCUGUAAGAUCAUAAAAAAUCACCUUUUCUGGGGCAUUAAAGUGACCGGAAUAAAUAUCGACGUGAGAGCUCUGGGUAUCUCUCCGCAUUGUAGAGUGAAUAACCUCAAGCUCACCUGUGCACUUCAGCAAUUCAGUUAAUCUUCCAGUGGGAUUGUCCCCCAAACUGCAGACCUGAAUCAACAAUUCACAUGAAGGAACAGAAGUUUGGGAACAGUUUUAAAGGCAGAGUCGUGCAGAUGGAUGUCCCACCCCCCACCCCAAUGUAGAAUGACAGCGGUGAGAAGCACGUGGCAUAUUAGCUCAAGGCAGAAGAACAGCCAUGAGACUGGUGUCAAGAAACGAACAUGGUUAUGUAUGACAGCUUCAUAGACGGUACAAAGGGCCUGUCCUAAAAAGCAUUAUUUAUUCAGUAAAUAGCGUUGAGGGAAAUGGGCAAGACAGAUGGGGGGAAAUCAGAGUAGAUCUCUCACCCUACACAUUGUCUUAAAAUUAGUCCCUGAUCAACUCUGAAUAAAAGGAAGCCUGGAAACUUC